ACGGUGACAGAAAGAGAGAGAGAGAGAGAGAGGAGUGUUAAGGAUGCUGAGACUACACUCGCUAUCUUCACCGGCGGUGGCUGCACAAAACCCUAAACAGUGCCUUGCUUCGGAGCUUUCAAGCAGAGCUAGGGUUUUCAGCACCAACAGCUUUGGCUUUGCUCCGAGUUUGAGCUCGUCGAGGAAGAGGCUCUCCUUGAAAUGUCGCCAGUCUGAGUACUUCGACCAGCAGAGGGCCAGUACCGCCUCUGCCCCUAACAAACCGUCUCCUCCUGCUCCACAAACUCCCGCAGGAGGAACUGGGUUGCCGCCUAGGUUUUUUGUGGGUCACUCAAUAUACAAAGGAAAGGCAGCUCUUACCGUAGAGCCCAAAGCUCCGGAGUUCACAGCUUUAGAUUCAGGGGCAUUCAAACUCUCCAGGGAAGGCUUUGUUCUACUUCAGUUUGCUCCAGCAGCAGGUGUUCGUGUAUAUGAUUGGAGCAGAAAGCAGGUAUUCUCACUAUCAGUGACAGAAAUCGGAAGCCUGGUUUGCCUUGGCUCGAAGGAGUCCAUUGAAUUCUUCCAUGAUCCUUUUAAGGGGAAAAGUGACGAAGGCAAGGUCAGGAAGGUGUUGAAGGUGGAGCCUCUUCCAGACGGAUCUGGGCAUUUCUUUAACCUCAGUGUUCAAAACAAGCUUAUCAACUUGGAUGAGAGCGUUUAUAUUCCUAUCACCAGAGCAGAGUUUGCAGUUCUCAAAUCAGCUUUCAAUUUUAUCCUGCCGUACAUUUUAGGUUGGCAUGCCUAUGCAAACUCCAUAAAACCAGAAGAUUCAAGCCGUAUGAAUAACUCUAGUUCUAGAUAUGGAGGAGAUUUUGAAUGGAGCCGGUAGUGGACAUUGAGGGAACUCUUAACUGCAAAUGAUGUUCUUUUGAUCUUAAUCAUUUGUGUUGUAUCUGUUCUGUUAUUAAACGAGUCCUCAAAUUUUGGCUAUUCGUUAUGGAAAAUUUAGUGCAGAUUGAAGAAUGAAAUGGCUGACCCUGUUCUUUU